UGAAAAAAAUAAAGAUGUUGAUACUAAACAUUUUCUUUUUCUCCAGGCAUAAUAAAAUAAGCUUAGGUUUCUUCAUUUUUAACAGAGGCACAAGCAAGGCAACGCCAAUUUGGUUUCCAAUUCCACCAUGAAAGGGAAGGAGAUAUCUUCACCAACCAUCAAAUCCACCAAUAACAAUGUCAUCAACAAGCCCUUCUUCAGGCCAGCUCAAGAUGACACUAAACCUCCACUUCAAGACCCAAUUCUGAGGUCGGACCCAAUUGAGACAGAGGAAGCAAUGCUGCGCUUGCCCCCUUUCCCUAUCCUCAAACCCAGACCCCAAUCUUAGUAGUAUCCGUAAGAAAGUAACGGAAGCUGUUUCGACCUUUAGGGCCGUGUUCAGUCGGAACAGAGAAAUAAGCUGGUGAUCUAGGAAGUGUGGCGGAAAGAAUCUGUUGAAUAUCAUUAGAAGAGCAGUAGUCUUGGCAGCUACUGUUGUUCAAUCUGGAAAGAAAGAUCUGUGAUGAUCUUUAACCAAGAGAUCUUUUUCUGAGAAUUGUGUAACUAGUUCUAUUUCCUCUGUUAUCUUGCUCAAGUUUGGUGGGCAAAGGAUGAAAUCGACAAAUUAUUUAAUAUAUAAUAUAAUUCUAAUUUUAAUUA